AUGGAUCCCACCACCACUCUCUUUACAUUCAUGCUACGAACAUCCCCGUCUGUCAAAUCUGUCCAGCUCAUCGGGUCUUGGGACAGCUUUACCCGGCCUUACACCAUGGAGCGGGAUAGCCGACGGGAUCGCGGCCAAUGGAAGGGCUGCUACACCUUCAAGGACAUUACCUGCGAAGGCGACGCCGGGAGUGUGCCCAAGAGGGACGGCGGUCUCAGAAUGGGCCACACAUACUACUACUACUAUGAGGUCGACGGCGCUUCCGAGACGCACGAUCCUUCCCAGCCCUCCACCACCACCUGCCCAUAUCUUCCGGGCCAAACCGUCAACACCCUCUUCAUCCCCGUCGAGCAGUCCCUCCGCAAACGCAGCGCGUCCCUGACUUCCCUGCGCGACACCGACUUCAAGACCAUGGACCCCGCAAGCAAGUUCAUCUCGCCGCGGCCGGCACCCGCACCGCCAGCCGAGGCCUCCUCAUCCACCGCCCGCCGGCUCGGGACCGCCCCUUUCCGCCUCCAAAACCCCCAUCAACAACAGCAAAUGCGGCCCUCUCGAUCUCCCUCUCCCAGCUCCCGCUGGCACUUCUCCGCGCGGAAGCUCUUCAGCCGCAAGUCCAGCUCCUCCUCCCUGCGGGAGAUGCAAACCCCCCCACAGCAAUCUGCCGAAGACGCUCGCAGCCUGCGCUCAGAAGGCAGCCGGUCGAGAGACAUCUCACCAGAGUCCCUCCGUCGGUUCCUCGUCGACGAGACCCCGCUGCCGUCACGCCCCGACACCGCUCCUACUCAACUCGACGCCGCUGCCCCGUCUGUCACCAUCGAUAUCCCGGAUGACAUCGCCGAGGAGCUCGAAGACGACGACGACGAUGACGAUAAUUUCGCUACGUCGGCCGUGUCGGAGACUAUGCACUUCACCGGUCUCUCUCCACCUCCUACUCGCUCUCUCUCCCCCGCGCGGACCGUGGUCUCAGUCAAUUCCGACACCGAAGAGAACCAGACCCUCUCCUUCAACACCUACCCAGCCGCACCAACCCGCCCAGCUCCCCUCCGCCCAGUAGCCGUGCCGACCAACCGCGCCGCAUUCCCCCUCUCCGCCUUCAACCCCUACCCCCCCGAACCGGAGUCCCCAGCCGACGACGAAACCAACUCCCCACCGGGGUUUGACCUCUCCGACGCUGAUGUCGAUGACGAUCUGGAUGACGACGACGUCGAUAUCGACACCGUCGACGCCUUUGAACAGCAGCAGCAGCAGCAGCGGACCCAAAAAAGGCCUGCCGGGCUAGUCCGUCACAUCUCCGCGUCAUUAUCUACUUACUCCCUCCCGCGCACCGCGGCGGGUGGAACGGAGGCGGACGCUAACAAACUGCGCGCUGCGGAGGGGAAGGAGACGACCGCAACCACCCGUCAGGAACGGUCUGCGGUACCUGGGCCGUUGAUGUUGACGAGUCCGAUUCCGGAUGCGGGGCUAGGGGAGUUGGUCAGUGAAUUGGGGUGGGUUGUUGGGCAGGGGGUGAGGUUUUGA